UAUUUAUAUUUUGUUCCCGAGUGGUUAAAAAAUCAGGUUGUUUUAUUAAACUCCAUUUCCCAGCAGCCCUCGGGUGUCAUAUGACGGCAGUGUGUUUGGUCAUGUGACCCCGUCGCUGCCUUUUCUGAGCGGCGCGUUUCCCGUUUUUGCAGCGUCACCGGCUUUAAGCCUCAGAACCGUCGCGUUUUCUGCCCUCGCGGCGGAACGUUCGUUCCCCGGUUGACGGUUUUCCCGCCGACUCCACCCCGGUCCGGCCGCCGCUCCCCGCUCCUGCGCGCCACGCGGGGGCCAGCCCCGCCGGCGGCUCCCCGGCAGGCCUCGCUGUGUUAACCGCCGGCUCAGCCAGCGUCCGCGCGCCCAGCUCGGUCACACACAGAGGCGCCCGCCCCCCGUUUACGGUUCGGAGCGGCGGGAGGCGAUGCCCGGGAGCGCCGGGGGGGUGAUGAGACGCGUGCACGCCGCUGGUGGGGACGUGAUUCCGUCAGAAUGAACGGCGAUGCCAAGAGGCAGCACCUCCUGGAGAGGCUGCUGGACGCCGUCAAACAGUGCCAAAUCCGCUUCGGGGGGAGGAAGGAGAUUGCAACGGACUCGGACAGCAGGGUCAUCUGUCUGUGCGCUCAGUUGGAGGCGGUGCUGCAGCACGGCCUGAGGAAGAGCCGUGGCCUGGCGCUGACCGCCGCCGCCCUCAAACAGGCCGCCGGCUUCAGCAGCAGAACAGACGGAGGUGCAGAGCUGACGUUCUGGUUCUACGUGAAGGAGCAUCUGAACCGCCACGAGCUCCAGCGCUUCUACUCGCUGCGCCACAUCUCCUCGGAGCUCGGGCGAGGUCGCGCCUGGCUGCGCUGCGCCCUCAACGAGCACUCGCUGGAGCGCUACCUCCACUCGCUGCUGGCCGACCGCCCGCGCCUGGGAAGCUACUAUGAAGACUGGGCUUUUGUCCUGGACGAGGAGCGGGCCAGCAUGCUCCCCACCAUGGCGGCAGGUCUGAACUCCAUCCUGUUCGCCAUCAACAUCGACAACAGCGACCUGAACGGCGGGCCGACGCGGGGCUCCUCCUCCGUGUCCAGCCUCCUGAAGGAGUCCACGCAGGGCUUCGGCAGCCUGCUGAAGGAGUCCACGCAGGGAGUCAGCAGCCUGCUGAGGGAGAUCAGCUCCGCCACGGCCGUGGUGCCGGGCUUCUCGCCCAGAGCGGACGGCGCCUCCGACCCGCUGCCCGUUCUGCCGCGCAGCGCCUCCGCUGACUCAGGCUUGAGGAAAGAGCGUCGGCGGAAAAAGAAAGUCACCAACAUCAUUUCCUUCGACGACGACCUGGAUGGAGGCGAUGAGGAGGAGGCCGAGGACGACUCCCAGAGGGCCGGCGUCCCGAGGAAGAGCCACGCGGCUCCGAAUCCGAGCAGCGUGGAAGAAGGGGUGGACCCCUUGGAGCCAAAUUUCCCAGAGUCGCCGGCCCAGAACGGCCUGGCAGGACCUGGGAUGGUCGGUUGGGUGGGGUCCCCCCGCCCCUGCCGCACGGCUCCGGGGGCGGAGCCUCUUUUGUCUGACCUCAAGGGUUUAGACGACGAGGAUGAAGAGGAGAUGUAUAAACCCAGGACGCCGCCGUCCGUGGAGGACGAGAAGAUCCUCGCCGAUCUGCCGGCGAUGGGCAGCUUGUCCACGUUGUCCACAUGGAGUCCUCAGCAGGUCGUGCCGGAGCGGCGCAGCGCCGGGAUCCUGAUUCCCCUGAACGCUGAGGACCCUCAGCCAGCGAGCUCCGUGGAGGACGCCGCAGCCUUCCCCGCUCAGGGAAAGUCGGCGGAAAACUGCCAGAGAUUGCAGCUGACUUUCAGCAUGGAGUCCAGUCCACCGGCGCCGCCGGCGCCGCUCUCCACGGCAGGGCUGCCGGAGUCCAUGACAGUGGUGGAGCUGCGUCAGGCCACCGUCGCCAUGAUGAACCGCAAGGACGAGCUGGAGCAGCAGAACAUGUCUCUGCGCAGUCUGUUGGACGGGGAGAUGGAGCACUCGGCCGCCCUGAGGCAGGAAACCGACCUGCUCCGAAAGAAGCUGGCGGAGCUGGAGGAGAGACACGCCACCAAGGUCCAGGCGCUGGCCAGGGAGAAUGAGGUCCUGAAGGUCCAGCUGAAGAAGUAUGUGGGCGCCGUGCAGAUGCUGAAGCGAGAAGGAAGCCCUGGCAACGAUGCUUUGUCGGUGCUGCGGCCGAGCGAGGACCAGGUUCCCGUCCCGCAGAACAAGUCCAUGGGCGACAUUGAGGAGCUGGCUGCCAGCUAUGAACGCAAACUUAUCGAGGUGGCGGAGAUGCACGGCGAGCUGAUCGAGUUUAACGAGCGCCUGUACCGCUCCCUCAUGGCCAAAGACCACCUCAUCGUCCAGAUGCGACAGGAGCUCAUCGACCUCAGAGGACCGCUUCCAGGGGAUUUAAGCCAGACGUCAGAUGACCCGAGUCUGUCAGACUUUGAGACGGCUCAUCGCGCUCUCAUCAACGUGUGGAUCCCCUCUGUGUUCCUGCAGGGCCGAGCCGCCAACGCCUACCACGUCUACCAGGUAUACAUCCGCAUCCUGGAUAACGAGUGGAACGUGUACCGGCGCUACACAGAGUUCAGGGAGCUCCACAACCAGCUCAGAGCACAGUUUCCACAAGUGGACACCUUCAACUUCCCACCCAAGAAAGCCUUAGGGAACAAGGACGCCAAAUUUGUGGAGGAGAGGAGGAAGCAGCUGCAGGGCUACCUUCGCAUGGUGAUGAACAAGCUGGUCCAGACUCUGCCGGAGUUCACCGCUGGGCCCUCCAAAGAGACCCUGCUGUCUCUGCUGCCUUUCUGUCAAGACGCACCUCAAGCCAACGACGUUGGAGCCAAGACUCCCCGAUCCAGAACUUCCUCACGUUUCUCCAGACUGGGCCGCAGUCGCGCCCAGGAGGCCAGACCGGAGCCGCAGAGCGGAGACCUCUGAGGCGGCGGUGGGCGGUCCUGAGGCUCAGCUCCCGGAGACUCGCUACACCAAAGGAACGGGCCUCCGCGUGAAGCCAAAGCGCUCCCAGUACGGAUCUCAGCCUUUUCCUUCUCAGAUUUCAGAGACGGUGGACGACGGUCUCAGUGCCUGCAGUGUUUUGUAGCUGCUUUCCCGCCUUUAGCCUGGAGGGAAGAGCGCUGCCGCCAUGAGGCGAAGACGGACUAAAGUCCAGAGAACUGUAAACAACGUUUUCCAGAGUCGGUGCCACUUUUUCCCGGGAAAACAAUCCUGAGAAAAGCCAAGCAUUCCUUUGUCCGGCUGCUUACGGAGGUUGGCGUUCAUCCGGACAAACUCCACUGGGUCCCUAGAAAUUAGUUUGAAUGAAAAAAUUGUCACUAAAUUACCUCCUUUUGAAUGUAAUUAUGGCAUAAAAUGAAUGCAAUAUUUAUUCAAAAGCAGUUUAAGGCCUUCGUUGUCCAGGGAAUGUGUUCGUCACGCUGUGCAUUUCAUGGACUUUAUAGGCGCUUUUAAAGCAGAGCGCCUAAACGCUUCAUAUCUUAUUUUGAAAUUGCUGUUUCACUCCGGAUUCUGAUUUCUCUGCAGAACAUGCCAGACCUUCUGGAGCGCCAACACUCAAAAGCUCUUUUGGAGAGAAAAUAAGUUGGUUUUUGUGAAAACUUUUUUUUUUUUUAUGACGGAGGUCACAAACGGCCACAAAGAUCAACAAAUAUCACUCAUUUUCAUUUUGCUGAGAUUCUCUUCUUGGAGGAAUUUGCAGGUCAGCUGCUGGACCUGCGGAGUAAAAAGGUUGAAAUCAGCAGAUCUGAGGGUUUAGCUGUGGAGUCUCAAUGCACAUAAAUGUCUGAAUAAAAUGUGUGUGAACUCAAAGGGCUCCUGAGAAUGGAGCUCCAGUUAUUUAUGGGUUUUUCAGGAGUUUGUGGGGAUUUGGAAAGGUGUGUUGAAGAUCUAAACGGCCAUGGUUGAUGGGAUAAAUUCAGUUUUCCUUUAACAUAGACCUGAAAUGAGGAUGAGAUGCAGAGAAGGUUUUUCUCUCCCAAAACAUUUGACAGAACCACAUAAACAUAAAUCAUCUCUUCAGCAUUUCACAGCUCCAACCUUGACGAGCUGCUGUUUUCAUCCUGUGUUUGAUAUGAAAUGAAGCUUUCACUGGAUCCUUUUUACUACCACAGCAAAUCAUUGGGAUUGGAGGCAUAUUUCAUGGUAUAUUUCAUGUAAAAGUACCUUAUAUGCAUUACUGAUUUAUGUGUACAGCUGGAACAUGAAAAGUCACACAUUCAUGAGAAAUAAAAACAUUUUUCCUACAA